UUUGUGGCGGGCGGAAGUUGGGAGUAGCCGGCGUUAAGAGCAUUUCGGCUGUGUCUCCGGGCUCCCGUGGCGGCGGCAGGAUGUUCACGGCGGCAGCGGAGAGUCUGCUCCGUCAGGCCAGGGAGAUCCAGGCUGAGGAGCUGAAGAAGUUCUGUUCCCGGGUCUGUCAGCUGCUGCAGAAGGAGGACUUGGGGCCUGAUGCCCUGGAUGCCCUGCGGAGGCUUUUCCUCAUCGUCUCAGCCACGAAAUACAACAGGAGGCUGGAGAAGACAUGUGUGGACCUGCUGCAGACCACCCUUUGCUCGCCCUCCUGCCCUGAGCCGCUCCAGCUUCUCUGCGCCGCUGUCCUGAGAGAGAUGUCGCCCUCCGACAGCCUUAGCCUGUCCUGGGAGCAUGUCCAGAACACGCGGCAGCUGGGCCUGCUGGCCUCUGUGCUCCUGGCCCAGGGCGACCAAAAGCUGGUCAGAAGCGUGGGCCAGCGUGUCCUCAAAGUCCUGGAGAGCCGACAGCCCGAGGGGCCCAGCCUGAGGCACCUCCUCCCAGUCAUGUCAAAGGUCGCCAGCCUGGCCCCGGACACCCUCCACGAAGACCAGACCAGUGCGCUCAACAAGAGGCUGGUGGACUGGCUCCGCUAUGCCAGCGUCCAACAGGGGGUCGCACACUCCUCCGGAGGCUUCUUCUCCACGCCCAGAGCCCGGCAGCCGGGCCCUGUCACUGAGGUGGACGGAGCAGUGGCCACGGACUUCUUCACAGUGCUGUCCACGGGCCAGCACUUCACGGAGGACCAGUGGCUGAACGUGCAGGCCUUCUCCAUGCUACGGGCGUGGCUGCUGCACAGUGGCCCCGGGGGCCCCAGAACCCCGGCUGCAGACGACAGGUCGGAGCUGGAGGGCUCCACACUGUCUGUGCUCUCGGCCGCGUCCACCGCCAGCCACCUGCUGCCUCCCCAGGAGCGGCUCCGGGAGAAGGCCUUCGAGUACUGCCAGCGCCUCAUCGAGCAGAGUAACCGGCGAGCCCUGAGGAAGGCGGACUCCGACCUGCAGAAAGCGGUGAGUGCCCCCUGGCAGGCGGGUGGGCAGGCUCUCGCGGCUCCUUCUGAGUGCGGCAUGGUCUCUCCGCAGUGCCUGGUGGAGGCCGUGCUGGUGCUGGACGUGCUCUGCCGGCAGGACCCCUCCUUCCUGUAUCGCACCCUCUCCUGCCUGCGGGCCCUGCACACCCGGCUGUGCGGGGACCCAGCCUGCGUGCGGGCGCUGCUGCCCAUCGCCCGGUUCUUCCUGACCCACGGGGAGGCCGCCGCAGUGGGCGCGGAAGCCGUCUACCAGCAUCUGUUCACCAGGCUCCCUUCUGACCACUUCCACAGCCCAAUGCUGGCCUUCGAGUUCAUCCAGUUCUGCAGGGACAGCCUCCCCCUUUUCGGCAGAAACCUUGGCAUUCUCAGAAUGAGCUUCCCCAACCUCUUCAAGUUUCUGGCCUGGAACAGCCCACCGCUCACCUCCGAGUUCGUGGUGCUCCUCCCGGUGCUGCUUGAUGCGGGGACGGCCGUGGAGACACUACACCUGCUGCUGGACCUGCCUUGUCUGACGGCGGCCUUGGACCUGCACCUCCGGUCAUCACAGGCUGCGUCCGAGAGGCCGCUCUGGGAUGUCUCCCUCAGAACUCCUGGCUGCCUGGAGGCCUUACGAGACCCUCAGUUCCAGGGUCUCUUCCAGCACCUGCUUCGUGCCAAGGCCAGUGGGACCCCAGAGAGGUUGGCGCCACUCCACCAGCUGCUGCAGCCCCUGGCCAGCUGCGCCCGCGUGGCCCAGUGCGCCGAGGCCGUGCCUACCCUGCUCCAGGCGUUCUUCUCGGCAGUGACACAGUUCGCCGACGGGGCCCUGGCCAGCCAGCUGGCACUGCUGCUUCUGGAGAGAAGCGACUCGCUUUACCAGGUCCCGGGGUAUGAAGCCCGCGUGCACAGGGUGCUGAGCGCCCAGUUCCUGGCCCUGUGCAAGCUGCACCCCUCCCUGGUGGUCGAGCAGGCGAAGGAGCUGCUGGAGUUCGUGGGCAGCGCAGGUGGCCUCCGUGGCAGUGGGCGCGUGCUCACCUCCGUGGUGUGGGCCAUCGGCGAGUACCUGUCGGUGUCCUGGGACCGGCGGUGCACCGUGGAGCAGAUCAACAAGUUCUUUGAAGCCCUGGAGGCUCUGCUCUUUGAAGUCACCCAGUUGCGGCCCUCUGUCACCCUUCCCAAGUGUCCACCGCAGGUUAUCACUGCACUCAUGACCACACUGACCAAGCUGGCCUCUCGGAGCCAAGACCUGAUCCCCAGGGUCUCUCUGUUCCUGUCAAAGAUGAGGACCCUGGCCCAGAGCACAGCCGCCAGCUCCGUGCACAGUGAGGAAGACGCGGGAGCCAUCUGCACGCGGGCCACCGAGCUACUGAACCUGCUAAAGAUGCCCAGCGUGGCCCAGUUCGUGCUCACGCCCAGCGGGGAGGUGUCUGAGCCUCGCUAUCACCGUGACACCAACACGGCCCUGCCCCUGGCCCUGCGCACUGUCAGCCGGCUGGUGGAAAGGGAGGCAGGGCUCCUGCCAGGGUGAAGGUCGGGGCUGCCACCUUCUCGCCCUUUGGGCCUUUGUCUCUCUUUCUCUCCUGACCUCGUUGAGCUGUACGGUGACACAACACUGACCUCUCAUGGGACUGAAUGGAAGCUGCUUGGUCUGUGUCCUGCUGUUCCUUGCUUGGGGGCAAGAUGAGGUACAGCAAAAAUAAAUCUAUUUAUCUGUGAA